AUGGCGUUGAACGUCAUAAAUAAAUUGGGAUUCAUCGAUGGUACAAUUCCUAAAGCUCCUUUAGAUCAUCCAGAUUCAGAUGCUUGGUCUAGGGUAAAUGAUAUCGUAAUCACCUGGUUGAUUAGAUCUGUUUCUAAGAAGAUAGGCCAGAGUUUGUUGUAUAUGUCUACUGCUGAAAAGAUUUGGAAAAAUCUGAUCACACGUUAUAAGCAAGAUGAUGCUCCGCGUGUCUAUGAGAUAGAACAGAGACUAGGAAGUAUUCAACAAGGUGCUAUGGAUUUGCAACAACGUAGCAGGGUUACAAAAUUUCUGAUGGGACUUAAUGUUAGUUAUGAACAAACAAGAAGGCACAUUCUUAUGCUAAAGCUGAUUCCUAAUAUUGAAGAAGCAUACAACAUUUUUGGGCAGGAUGAGCACCAACGUGUUGUGAAACCGGUUAUUAAGAAUGAGAGUGUUGCAUUUCAAGCUACAAGCUCUUUUGUAGACAAUCAAUCCUAUAUGCAGAAUCAGAUGGAAUAUGCUGCAGCUUAUAAUACCUAUCGUCCUAGAGGUAACAGACUUUUGUGUACACAUUGUGGGAAGCUUGGCCAUACUAUUCAAACGUGUUUCAAGCUGCAUGGAUACCCUCCUGGUUAUAAACCUCCGAAUUCGGUGAACACAGGAUCUUCAUGA